AUGUUUCUCUCUUUAUAUUUUGUAAAUACUGUUAUACCAUUAUCAACUACAGAAUUGCUCAUAAUUAAUAAAGGUUUAAAAUUUAUACCACCUUGCCAAAGUCGAUUCUUUUCCAGGGAACCUAUGAAAACAAUUAUUGAUCAAGAAUACAACCGGUUAUAUGAUGAAAAUUGUAAGAAUCUUAGUGAUUAUACAUUUUCAACAAAGGAUACACGUGCUAUUGAAUAUUUCACUGAAAUAAAAAAUUUACUUGAACAAUUAUAUACGAAACCAUUGCCAACAAAACUUAAACGUCAUGCAGAACAUAUCUACAAGAUGAUAAAGUCAAUGCAGCGAAAAUUACAAAAAGCUAAUAUUGCCGUUGGUCAAACUGAUAAAAGUAAAUUAUUUUUUUUUAUUGAUGCACAAGAAUAUGAAGAAAAAGUUAAGAAUUACAUGAAUAAAACGAAUGCAUAUCAAGAAAUCACGAGUGGUAUUUGCCCACUAGCUGAUAAUUUACAUUUGGUAAUAUUAUUACUUGAUCAUUUACUUGAACGGAAGGAUAUUACCAAUGAACAAUAUAAAAAAAUGUAUCCUAACUUAAAAAAAUUAGAAUUGGCUCACAUUUAUUUCAAUCUUAAAGUUCAUAAGCCUGAUAUAUCAGUUCGGCCUAUUGUUGCUUCCAUCAAUGCACCAGCAAGACAAAUAUCAAGCUUUUUAGAUCAACUGCUUACUCCAAUUUAUAAUUAUGUGACAAAAGAUAUAACAUUUAUUAACAGUAUCGAUUUGAUUCGAAAAUUAAAAGAAUAUGAACAAAAAGGUUAUCUCACUUCAACAACGUUACUUGUUAUAUUUGAUGUGACCGAUUUAUAUACAAUGAUACCACGAGAUGGUGCUAUUGCUGCUUUAAGACGAUUUUGUCAAAAAUAUUCAGCAAAUGGAAAAAUAGGAAAUCUCAAAGUGGAAACAAUUAUUAAAUUAGCAUGUGUUGUUUUAGAUACCAAUACAUUUGCAUAUAAAGAUAAGUAUUAUCGACAAAUUAAAGGUGGUGCUAUGGGUUCACCAUUUACUAUGGCUUUAGCCAAUAUUUAUAUGUUAGAAUGGGAACAAAAAUUACUACAACAUCAAAAUAGACAUCAUGAAAUCUAUGGCCGAUAUAUUGAUGAUGUAUUUAUGACUACGAAUUUAACAAAAGAAGAAAUUUUAGAACAACUUAAUGAAACAAUAAAAACAGAUCCAAACAUUAAAAUUACUAUCACAAUAAAUCAAGCAUUAGAAUAUCUUGAUGCCACUGUUGAAAAUAAUAAUGGACAGUUAAAAACAACUAUUUAUCAUAAAACAGCUUGGGAACCUCAUAUUCUACCUUAUGAAUCUGAUCAUCCACGACAUAUGCAUGCUAAUAUAAUUUAUACAAUGUUAGUUCGAGCUGCACGUAUCUGUUCAACUGUAGAACAUUUUGAUAUGGAACGAUUAAGUGCAGAAAUGAUACUAUUAGUUAAUGGUUAUCCACCAAAAUUUAUACAACAACAUAUGAAAAAUUUUUUUAUUCAACAUAAUGCCAUGAAUGUAUGGUCUGAACUCGAUAAAGAAGCAUAUGAACAACUACAUAAUACAUUACUUUACAAACCAACAAGAAGAGAACUAAAAUCCAAUAUCCAAACAAGUGGUACCUUAAAUCCAGACAGGAAUAAUUAUGAACAUAAAGAUCAAAUUUAUCUACAUUAUACAUUUGAAAAUGGACCACUAUUAGAUUUUAAAAAAGAAUAUCGUCAAAUAUGGGAAAAAUACUAUGUUUAUCCCGGAUCACGUUUGAAAAAUACACGACUCAUUCUUGGUACAAUAUUAAAUCGAACAUUACAAAGUCUUUUGAUUCAUAAAAAGCCUAAACGAAAUAUGUUGAAGCAAAUGCAAGCAACUACAUAG